AUGACUUUGGAGACCCUAUACGAGCUCCAGUCCUCUAUAUCCAUGGAACACCAGAUUCUGGGGUCACGCUCACUGGAUAUGAAAAUCCUCUCUCGAAACGGCUGGGGAUCCGCUGGAUUGCCCCAGAUCGUCCGGGUAUUGGGAAUUCUACAUUUUAUCCGCACCGUAGAGUUUCAGACUAUCCGACCGAUCUUAGAGUAUUGA